GGGAGUGGGAACUCCAAUAACUCCAAUAAGAACUUGAGUCACGUUCCUUGUAAGUUUUACAGACAAGGAGCUUGUCAAGCUGGGACGUCAUGUCCUUUCAGCCAUAACUUGGAAGGAACUUUGGCCGCUGAUAAACUUCCUUGUAAGUAUUUUCAAAAGGGCAAUUGUAAAUUUGGUUUAAAAUGUGCUUUGGCCCAUUUUUUACCCGAU